UGACUGACAAAACUAUGCAAAUGACGGCGGGAGGCUGCGGGGCAGCGGAGGACAGACCAGCCUACUCCAAAAUGGCGAACCGCGAGAAGGAGAUCGAAGAGGAGAUUUACGACAAGGUCGUAGAUCUGACAGAAUACGCCAAACGUCAGCGAUGGUGGAACCGCCUCUUCGGAAAUAACUCCGGCCCUGUGGCAGAGAAAUACUCUGUGGCCACCCAGAUAGCCAUAGGGGGAGCCAGCGGAUGGUGUGCAGGAUAUCUCUUUCAGAAGGUGGGAAAGGUUGCUGCCACAGCCGUGGGCGGAGGUCUUCUGUUGCUACAGAUAGCUAACAACAGUGGCUAUAUCCAAGUGGACUGGAAGCGAGUAGAAAAGGAUGUCAACAAAGCUAAGAAGCAGCUAAAGAAGAGCACUCACAAAGCAGGCCCAGAGCUGAACACAUUUGUUGAGAAGUCCACAGAGUUUGUGAAGAAAAACAUUGUCGUCACAAGCGGCUUCAUCGGAGGAUUCUUACUGGGCCUGGCGUCUUAGAUUAACGAAAUGAGAAGAGCCUGUAUUUUUGUGGGGGGAAAAAAUCAUUGCAUCAAGUGUUUGAACAGAAAGCAGUCAACUUCAUAUUAGCUUGUAGCUGUGUGUUUUUACAUAAGCUGCACGUCUUUGUUUAUUUGAAUACUGUACCUGUGCAAGAGUGGUACAUGCACUGAAUAUAUCAAAGUAGGGUUUCCUGGUUAGACCAGAAUGGCCCUCAAAUUAAAAGUUACACACCUGUCAAGGCCAGGUAUGUCACGACGAGGCAAAUCUUCCAAAAAAAUCAAGAAAAAUACACCAAUAUUGUGCAACAACACUCCGCUCAAUUACACAAUGUUGCACAAAAUCCAGGUUAUUUUGAUUAGGCCUCAUGCCAGUUUUCAUAAACCAUGAGAAUGUUGCAAUGUUGUUUUGUUUUUGUUUUGUUUUGUUUUGUUUUUUGUUAACAAACGGUCAGCGAACCACAGUAAAGGGAUCCAUGCUGUUGCUGAAACUUUUUGCACACAAUUUGGCUAUUUACUGCAGUUGGCUGAGAACAGUAUAUUUACUUUUGCUACUAUAUGUGUGAAAGUGUCCGUGGCAUUCUAUAAGUGUCAUUAUUAUAUUGCUCAAAUCUCAACAAUCAGUCAUCUCCAAAGUGAAAACUUGAAUUGUAUUCUAAAGGGCUGAUAUAGGGUUGUUAUGCCUUUGCAAUAUGUGUGAUGGGUAUUAUGUCAGCCUCCCCUGUAUUUUAUUUUUAUGUAUUUUGUUUAGCAAUAAAAUGUUGAUGCUGUAGGUACUGAAGGUUGCCUGUGUAUUUUCUAUGUAAGGCUGUUGAACAAUAAAAAUAAGUCAAUUAAAAUA